UUCGUUUUUUUAUUCCUCAUCUACUUAGGGUUCCAGCUCCCUGUGCCCAUUGGCCACGCCUCUGGAGUCUGACCACGCCUAGAAACACUGCGCAUGCUACGUCGCUAGCCAGCCCAGGCUCGGCGCAGAAUCGGCAGAAACCAUUCUCACUUCUCGUACCGCAGUGGGCGGGGGGUUGGUGAUAAUUUUUUCCCGUGAAAGGUCAUACGUUGCCCGUCCCGUUCCCCGAGGAAUGCACUAGGAAUAUUGUUCCUGUGCUUGCAUGAGCUAUGGCACCAGCACCGACUCUGGCUUCCGGGCCUCUGUCCUGCACGGGAGCCUCUCACUAGGUCUCCCCCGGGGCUGCGUUGGUGCCGUCCGGCACGGUCACGUGGGCGAGAAAAUGGCGGCCCCCAAACCGCACUGCGAGCGUCGCGGCAAGUGAAGCGGUGGUGGCGGAGGCGUCCGCGGAAACUGGCCGGGCUGACGGGCCCUGAGUCUCCAGAGCUCGGUUCUCACACCCCCGCGUCCCGAGGUUUAGCCUGAGCAGGGUUGUGGAAGGCCGGGGCCCAUCGACAGCACGAUGGUGACGGAGCAGGAGGUGGAUGCCAUCGGGCAGACGCUGGUGGACCCCAAGCAGCCCCUGCAGGCCCGCUUCCGGGCGCUGUUCACCCUGCGUGGGCUCGGUGGCCCAGGCGCCAUUGCCUGGAUCAGCCAGGCCUUCGGUGACGAUUCUGCCCUGCUCAAGCAUGAGCUGGCCUACUGCCUGGGCCAGAUGCAGGAUGCCCGCGCCAUCCCCGUGCUGGUGGACGUGCUGCAAGACACCCGUCAGGAGCCCAUGGUGCGCCAUGAGGCAGGGGAGGCCCUGGGGGCCAUCGGGGACCCGGAGGUUCUGGAGCUCCUGAAGCAAUAUUCCUCGGACCCCGUCAUCGAGCGAGUGCCCCUCUCCCCUGCAGGCCUGCACUGUGGGAGCGCCCUCUUCCGCCACGAGGUCGGCUACGUCCUGGGACAGCUGCAGCAUGAGGCGGCGGUGCCCCAGUUGGCAGCUGCCCUAGCCCGGUGUGCCGAGAACCCCAUGGUGCGGCACGAGUGCGCGGAGGCCCUGGGCGCCAUCGCCCGGCCCGCCUGCCUGGCCGCGCUGCAGGCUCACGCGGACGACCCAGAGCGCGUGGUGCGUGAGAGCUGCGAGGUGGCUCUGGACAUGUAUGAGCACGAGACCGGGCGAGCCUUCCAGUAUGCGGACGGCCUGGAGCAGCUACACGGGGCCACCUCCUAGGGCCUCGCCCUCACCUGGGGCUCCCUGAGGACUCUUGAGGGCCGCUCCUCCCCCGCAGGGCUUUGGCGUCUAAACUGGGUGUGUGUGUGAAUCGGUGUCAUCGCUUGUGUCUUGCUGGGUGCACGGUUGCUGUCCUCCUUCUCUGGGACCCAGGAGCUGCCUUUGUGCUGUGACUCCCUGAGUCCACUGGCAGCUCCCCGGGGCCUAGCCCAGGGCUGUAGGGUGGAAGUUUCCAGGUUCAGGGGUGGGACUCUGCGGGAGGCUCUGGGAUGCCCGGCUCAGGACAGGGGAGGAUUGCCAGGGAAGCCAGGGG